GGGAUUUCGCUUCGCUUCACCCCUUUAUAAAACUGAACCCCGCGGACCAGACCGUGUGUUCUCGAAAGGAAUAAAAAAAAGUAGCAUCUCUUAAUUUCCGGUUGAUUUACAAAAUCAUAAGUCUGAAUAAUAUUCAACUUCAAUUAUUGGUAAGACCUUACAGAUAAAUAUCUAUUCUAUUCAAAUUCUAUUAUAAAUUGUGCUGUAAAAUCAGUGAUUUUAAAUCACAUAUUUAUCUAAAUAUUCAUAAAUGCGUACAUUCUAAAACAGUAAAAUUUUGUUCAGACGACAAAUUCACUCCGGUGGGUGGCCGAAAUGGAAUAUGAAGAAAGAACCCCACAGGAAGUCGCACUAAAUAAUCCGAUUAUUUUGAUGGAAAUAUUCAAACAGAACUCCACCCCGUUGAAAACUUGUCGACUAGUUUGCCCUUUUUGGAAUGAAAUCGUCCUCUCCCUUCCAAAUACGAGACUUUCGUUAAACCUGAACGAAAAAUAGGACCGAGACGACGACCCCUUUUCCUUUUUCGCAUUAUGUUUCUCGUUAGAUGACCGACUCGUGAAACGGAUCAGCGCCAGUUGUAUCAAGGAAAAGGAUAACCCCAACUCCACCACUGACAUAUACACCUUCGCCUCCAGGAUGACACACUUUUGCGAUAAAUUCAGCGAUAACGUGCAAAUUCUGGAGCUUUGCAUCAAUGCUGUAGACUGCUUACGAUACAUCCACCAAGUCUUAACUAAUUGCUGUCCAAAUUUGACACGAUUGCGAAUUGCUUGCUCAUUUACGAAGACCAAGCAAAUGUUAAUGGACCCGCUGCCACCAAAGGCAAAGUUGACCUCGUUUCUAUUUUAUUCGUCACGGAAGCCACCGGUGAGUUUUAUUCAGGCCGUUGUCAACGCCUCGCCAAAUUUAAGGGAGCUUUCGAUUCCGUGGGGAAUCCACCCAAAUUUUGAGAAUUCUAAAUCCAUUGAUUCUUUAACCAUCGGAGCACGUGCACUUCAAGCACGUCGCAUAGAUCGCUUUAAACCUGUAGAGAUGUCACGUAUGCUGAAUCAGAUUGGCGAUCAACUGGUCACUCUAGGUUUUGGGGAAUACGAUGAAGUAGUAUGUAUCACAGGUUCCGGAAACUGGGAUAGACAGGAAUUCCGAUUGCCGAGGAAGAUGCCGAAAUUGCAAAAGUAUCGGAACAUGCUGCUCGAUGUUUUUCAGUGCGACGACGUCUUGCACGACUUCGAAAAAAUGCCAGUCCUGAAAAGGCUGGUGCUUGGGAAGACAUACAGAACAAAGUCGGCAAGUUUGCAUGAAUAUUUGCAAACUAUUUUCAAUGCGGGGAAGAUUUUGGGGGGUGUGGAGAGUUUGAAGAUUUUUGAGAUGCAUGAUCCCACGCUUUUGGAGGGAUUGAAGACUGCAUUUCCGAACUUGGUGAGGUUGGAGUUGGAUACGGGGGACAUGACGGACCACCGUGGGGAGGAGAGUAGGAUGAAGUGGGGUCCCGUGCUGAAGGCGUGUGCGGGCUGGGUGGGGCUGAAACACUUGUAUUUAUCGCUGCCCACGGAGUCAGACCUAGUUUUGGAUGUCAUUCAAGGGCUGUUGGAUGGCUCGGAAUUGUAUAAAACGCUGAAAACGUUCGAAAUGGGCCAAUGCUGUGGAGAUGACGUGACACACGACUUCACAGAGAUCGAGUUAAACCUGUUUAAGCAAGUUCUCGUGGCGACGGAUGAAAUGGACGAGGUCGAAAUUCACGUUCAGCUACAAAUCUGCUAGAGACAUAUUUGAAUUCAUGGAGUCAAACAACAUGUCGGUGUCAAAGUUCAAAAUAUUUGUGGGCAAGGCGUAUCCUGACCCUGACUAUUAAUUUUGUGCUAAAAUAUUUAAAGUGGAUAUGUAUUAACACUCCUUAAUACGUACAAAAUAACUUUUAAAAUUACAAGUUUCGCCAUGCACCACGAAUUGAAUUAUUAGAAUCUUUUAAAAAGAUUCUU